GGGUUCAGCCCCGAUGGAGGCUGAGAAGCCCCGACACGGAGCAUCGGCUCCCAUCCCUGCCACAGAGGAAUCCAGCAUUAUCCCUGAAGCUCUCACGAGAACCAGCCAGACCUCUGCCAUGGGGCACGGAGCUCAGGAAGGCCAGGAGCAAUCCUAUAAGUGGGCAGAGGGACACCAACUCUUAGAGACCCAGCAGGGAGAUGUAAGAAAUGUGAUUGACUAUGGAACUGAGAGCAUGACCUCUUCCCCCAAGGAAGGCCCUGCGGAUGUGGGGACCAACCAGGAAAACCUUGCAGCUGAGGCUUGGGACACUCCAGAGUGCCAGGAGGCAGUGCCCCAGGGCCCGGCAGGCAGACAGCCAAGGACUCCAGCUCCCCCUGAGCUCCGGGUCUGCCCUGGCCAGAGUGAACCUCUAGCCAUGGUCCCAGAGCCCAGCAAACUGAGCGGCAGAUUGGAGGAGGAAUUGCGACCAGAGCUCCCUGCUUUGAUGCUGGGGCCUGGACAUGCAGAGGAAGACGAGGAGACUUCUCCGGGCGCCCCUGCUCAGGCCGCAGGCUCACCUUCCGGUGAAGAGCGCCCUGCAGAGGCCAGCCCACUGCAGGGCUCUGGGAGCAGGGCCCUCAGGCAGGGGGACGGGCUGCGGCAGGCCGAGGGGCUGGAGGGGGAGGGGCCAGAGCAAACGGGGUUUCAGGAGUCUCUAGGGGAGGCUGUGCGCCCUGGGGGGCUUCUCAGGGGGCAGGGACAGUUGGGGGAGCAGGUGAAUGGUACAGAGGGAGGUCACAGGCAAACACGGGGGCAGAUGCAAGAUGAUGUGAUGCCUUCAAAACAAGGAGAAAGGGAGGGGCUUAAUGGGGAAUGUGGGGGUCUGAAUUGUGGUGAGUCAUGGCAGGGGGCUCGGGGCCAGGAAGAUCUAGCCAUGGGCGAAGAGAGGAAGAGGGAGUUGAGGGGCCCAGAAGAGAACAGCAUGGAUGCUCAGGACCAGGAGAAUCAAAGCUUAGUGGGGAGGUCAGUGAACGUACCUGGAAAACAAGAACAUCAGGGUCUGCUGGGGGAACUGAUGCUGGAGGAGGAGGUGGCGGAGGAGGAGGAGGAGGAAGAGGAAGAUUGGGAUGGUACUGCGUGGGGAGAGGAGGGAGAGAGGAGCACAGAAGAGGGGGAAGAGCCCGAUGGUCCUCCUGCGCUGGCUCUGGCAGCCCCCGAGCUCUCUUCUCCCCGUGACUCGUUUCCAGACGCCGACACCACCACACCCGGGGUUCCUGGAACUCAGGCAGAGCUUCCGGCUGAGCAACUGUCUCCCGCAGUAGCUCUGACUCCUGCACUGGAGCCAAUGGGACGGUCCUGUCGGCCCAUUUCUUUACGUAGCUCCUUUUCUGCUGCGGGGUCACCUGAUCAAGAAACAGCUCAGGACAGCCAGCAAGAGGGAGUUGAGCUGGGGAUGGGGGCAGCAUCCAGCGGGGGGACUGCGGCGGCCUCUGCCAGCACCCCUGAGACUCCUCGGAGGACACCGGAUUCAGCUCCUGCCACUCCUGCUGAAGUCUCCCCCAGCACCAUGGCCUCAUCAUCUGCCAGCCCCCCAAUUGCCAUCCCCAGGAAGAGGGCCUCUCUUGCUUCAUGUUCUCCAGAAACCUCCAGAGCCUCUUUCUUGAUCGGCAGCCUGUCUCCUCGUGGGGCUUCUGAGACCCUCCCGGCCGCCCUCCACGGCCUCCCCUCUGCAGCAGCCACCGUGGGCCCGUGCGGCAGUCCCGACCGGGCUGGCCCUCAGGGCCCCUUGGCCAGCCUCCCAGGGGCCAGCCCCCACCUGAGGAGCAACUCCUUCCCGGGCUCCCAGAGGACACAGCUGACUCCGGACCUGGAGGGAAUAUCGCUUUCCUUCUCCCACUCAGAGUUGCCCCAGAGGCCCCCCAAACCUGCCCCCUACGGCGCUGUGAUCUCAAGAAGGGACAGGAAAAGCAGUUGGCACUGCGGCGUUAUUCCAGAGUCCCCUAGUUCAUUGUCCGCUCUGGGGCAGGACUCUGGGGAAUUCGCCGCAAGCCCAGACAGGCCCAGCAGUCCUCACAGCCGCCAGCCGUGGGGCUCCCCCCGUAGUUCAGCCUUUGCCCCAGGGUCUCCUGCUUAUGGCUCUUCGCCUCCGCUUGCCUUCGUAGAUACGAGGCUCCAGGAAUCUCCACCCCCUGCUCUCCCAGAGAAGCGGCAUGUCCGCACCUCCACGGUGGAGACAGACGGCCGCCACGGUGUGGCGGUCCCCACACUGAGGCAGCGCAGCUAUCCUCCACUGGCCCCAAGUGUGGGGCUACGUGGCCCCCCCAAAGGCCCACUUCCCAAAGUUCCCGAACCCCUUGUGGCAAGGCAGUACCGACCUCUGCCCUCUACCCCAGAUGAUCCCCCCCCUACUCCGACCUCUUUCUCCCUGAGGCUGAGAUACAACAAGCCGUUACCCCCAACCCCUGACCUGUUCCAGCCCCGCCACUCGCUUCCUUCUGAUAACAGCCCAAGGGUCUACAGGCCGCCACACCCUGUCCCUGUCGCAGAACCUCUCACCGAACCACCCCCGCUGCCCCCGAAGUCCAGGGGAAGGGCCAAGAGCAUCCAGGGACCACUCAUGAAUUCAGGGGGCCAAGCCAAGCCAAGGCCUGUUGGUCAAGAGUGGACAGUCUCCAGCCCCCACUCUGCUGGACGGACCUCCUGGCCCCCAGCCGUGGGUAGAUCAACAGAGUCAUUGGCUCCCACCAGCAGGAGUAAAAAUGAAGUGUCCCCUGGCAUGGCUUUCAGCAAUGUGACGAACCUUCUGAGCCCCUCUUCCCCAACCACGCCCUGGACCCUGGGGCUCCAGGGACCUGCCUCUGAACCAGGGUUCUCAGGAGAGGCAGAGGCCCCUGCCAGAGGCUCUUCGAGAAGAGCAGCACCUCAGGAAGGAGCCAAUGGCCUAAGGAGGUUGGAUCUAGGUCAAGCGAGGCAGCCUGAAAAACCCAGCCAUCCCCACCUGGAGAAGGCGUCCAGCUGGCCCCACAGAGGGGAUCCAGGAAGGCCACCGCAGGGCAGCGUUGGACAGGCUGCAGCCUCUGCUGAGGCCUCGAGUAAGCCCAAGGGCUGGCAUCGGCAGGGCCUGCGCAGGCCUUCCAUCUUACCCGAGGGCACUCCAGAUACAAGAGGUCCAGCCAUGGAAAAGUCCCCUGGCUCUUCAGACACCAUUAUUUUUCGGGAGAAAAAGCCUAAGGAGGUGAUGGGAGGCUUUUCAAGACGCUGCUCGAAGCUCAUCAACUCCUCCCCGCUGCUAUACCAGGAGUACAGCGAUGUGGUUCUGAACAAGGAGAUUCAGAGCCAGCAGCGGCUGGACAGCCUGGCAGAGGCCCCGGGGCCUGCCUCCCCACGGCAGCCCCGGAAGGCGCUGCUGUCCUCGGAGUCUUACCUGCAGCGCCUGUCCAUGGCGUCCAGGAGCUCCCUCUGGCAGGAGAUCCCUGUGGUGCGCAACAGCACCGUGCUGCUCUCCAUGACCCACGAGGACCAAAAGCUGCAAGAGGCCAAGUUUGAGCUGAUUGUGUCAGAGGCCUCCUAUCUGCGCAGCCUGAACAUAGCUGUGGACCACUUCCAACUCUCUGCGCAGCUCCGGGCCAUCCUCACCAACCAGGAUCACCAGUGGCUCUUCUCUCGGUUACAGGACGUGCGUGAUGUCAGCUCCACGUUCCUUUCAGACCUGGAGGAGAACUUUGAGAACAAUAUCUUCACCUUCCAUGUGUGCGACGUAGUCCUGAAUCACGCCUCCAACUUCCGCCGGGUCUACCUGCCUUAUGUCACCAACCAGACCUACCAGGAGCGCACUUUCCAAAAUCUGCUGACUACUAACAGCAGUUUCCGCGAGGUCCUGGAGAAGCUGGAGAGCGACCCCAUCUGCCAGCGCCUGUCCCUCAAGUCCUUUCUGAUUCUGCCUUUCCAGCGCAUCACCCGCCUCAAACUGCUGCUCCAGAACAUUCUGAAGAGAACACAGCCCGGCUCCUCAGAGGAAGCAGAGGCCACGAAGGCUCACCAUGCCCUGGAGGAGCUGAUCCGAGACUGCAAUAGCAACGUCCAGAGGAUGCGCCACACGGAGGAGCUCAUCUACUUGAGCCAGAAGAUUGAGUUUGAGUGCAAGAUAUUCCCGCUCAUUUCGCAAUCACGCUGGCUGGUGAAGAGUGGCGAGCUGACGGCUCUGGAGUUCAGCGUCUCCCCGGGGCUGCGGAGGAAACUGAACACGCGGCCGGUCCACCUGCAUCUCUUCAAUGACUGCCUGUUGCUGUCUCGGCCCCGAGAGGGUAGCCGGUUCCUGGUAUUUGACCACGCUCCCUUCUCUUCCAUCCGGGGGGAGAAGUGUGAAAUGAAGCUGCACGGGCCUCACAAGAACCUCUUCCGACUCUUCCUGCUGCACAACACCCAGGGCACCCAGGCCGAGUUCCUCUUCAGCACGGAGACUCAAAGUGAAAAGCUCCGGUGGAUCUCGGCCUUGGCCAUGCCCGGAGAGGAGCUGGACCUUCUGGAGUGCUGUGACUCCCCACAGGUGCAGUGCCUCCGGGCCUACAAGCCCAGGGAGAACGACGAGCUGGCACUGGAGAAGGCGGACGUCGUCAUGGUGACCCAGCAGAGCAACGAUGGCUGGCUGGAGGGCAUGAGACUCUCGGAUGGGGAGCGUGGCUGGUUUCCCAUGCAGCAGGUGGAGUUCAUUUCUAACCCGGACGUUCGUGCGCGGAACCUGAAGGAAGCCCAGCGAGUAAAGACGGCCAAACUACAGCUGGUGGAACAGCAGACCUAGCUGUUCUCGAGAAGGACCCCUCUCAGCUUCAGGGCAAGGUGUUCUUGGAGCAGGCUGGCCCCACAGCCCUGCAGCAGAGGCCUUAUGUGGGCCAAGAG